CAUUUGCAACGCAUAUCAAAAUUUGUGAAUUUCGCUGAGCAUUAAAAGAAUUUUAAUUUAAAUAUGUCGCUGGUUGCAUACGCUGCGAGUAGCGAUGAGGAAUCGGAUAUGGAGGAAGACUCUGCGGGCAUACAAGUGCAGUUACUAAAGCCACCAACAGCCAUCCAAAACGGGGCAACCGAACGGAAAACAAAUGCAAGCAAUGGACAUAUUAGCGAUGACGAUGACGACUUUAUACCGCAGGAAGUGUCUUUACAGGAGUUAAGGCCAACCAGUAUUGGUCGGCUAGCGCUAGCCCUACCCAAGCCCAAAGUAGCCGUUGCGCCAACGCCAGACGCGGAGGAUGGCGCGCAGCAGACGGAUGAGCAUGUGACGCAGGCCUUUGCCAAGCUGCCCAUGCCGAGGCAUUCUGCGAAAUCAGCAGCUAUCAUCGAAGAAUUGGACGAUGAGUUUUUGCACAAAAAGGCAGUGCCGCCCGCAGGUAGCGAAGCGGCGCCUGCAGCUGCUGUCAGGGGUCGCGUUAAGAUCACCAUACCUUCGCUGAGGGAGUUCGCCGACGUGGACAAGGAGCAGGCGGCGAAACUAAAUGGCAGGCAAACGCAGGUCAAGUCCACAAAGGGUUGCGGCUUGCUGAGCAUUUUGCCGCAGGCUAAGUCUGAGCGGGAUUUCGCCAGGAAAUCUGAGCCCGUGGCAGCCAAACCGGAGCACAAUGGUCCGCCGCCUGCUUUGAAGGCCAGUAAUACUGCCCAAAAGGCCAAUGCAGCGCCAGCUUUCGUGCCGGAUACUGUUAAACAACGACGCGCCGCACACAAUACCGAAGCAGUUGAUGGCCUUAAAGCGCCGCCCGGCAAGCAUUCAAAGAGCCGUAACAGUGCCAAGCCGACUGCGCCGCUGGUCAGUGUCAGCGACAGUGAAGACGACGAGGAUAUGGAUAAUGCUGGUGACUUCUUUUCGCUGAACAGCAAGCAGCAGCUGCCGGAGGUGAGCAGCAACGAGAUCAGUGCCCUAGUGGCCAAGCGAGCAGCCAAAAUGGUUGAGGCUAGCCACAAAUACUUGUCGUCGGAACAGACAAAGCGUCAGGCUGCCGACGAGCAGGCGGACGAGGCACACCUGCAAGCGGAGGAGCUGCGACAGGCACAGCAGCGUUACCAGGAACAGCAAUUGAACACAGAGGCCAUGGAUGCGCUGGUGGGCAAGAAUGCCAAACGACGACGCAAGGAGGCCAAGGAAAUGCAGGUGAUUGACAUUGUCGGCUCUCAAGUGCUGCCCGAUCGUGAGGAAUGGAUGCGCACGGCAUUGGCAUCGGCCACCACAUUCCAGCCAACGGGCGUGCUGACGGACGAGGAGCCCGUGGCGGGCACAAGGCGCAAGCAUCAAAUCACCUACUUGGCCCACAAGGCCAAGGCCAACGAGGCCGAGCUGCAGGCCAUGUGGUCGGCCAAUAGGCAAACCCGUCGCGCCACACAAAGCAAAUACGGCUUUUAGGCAAUCGUUGGCAUUUUUUGUUUACAUUUUUAAUGUGAAUUACAUUUAGACUUAAUACAUAAAUAUAUAUA